AUGAGUACCCACACCCUGCGCGACACACAAUCUCCGUAUUCCGAUACCUUUUCACAACAAUCAGACUUAUCGUGUUAUUCAGACCCGCGCAGCAUCGACAACUGGUUAGAGAUCGUCUUCGCAGCGCGUAGCCGGUCGGCGAAAGGCUGCGCCGGUGCUGCACUGCGACAUUCGCGAGCCACCUUCCACACACCAAAAUCGUGUUCGACCGCUGGGUUACGGACGAGAACGAUGCGAGACAACGAACGAACAAAUGCAAGGGUAACGAGAUCGAAGAGUCGUCGGAAGCCCAUUGCGGAGGAGAUUGUGUCGGUGGAGGUAGACGUUGCGGCGUUGCAUAUCGCGGAGGGAAGUGAAGAAGAACGAAACAUGGAAGACAUAGACGACAAUCGCACUGCAAAACAUCCCCCCUCGGAACUACCGUUGCUCAGGCAGCCCGAUCUCACCGUUCUACCGUCUACCACAUCCGCACACCGCUGGAUGUCCGCCGAUACUCAAUCACGGAGCUCCCGGUCUUCUCGUACGCCAGUAGACACCGCGAGCGUCAUCACCGAGACGACAGUCACAUCCAGCUCGAGCAGGAAAGCGACGAGCAGGUCAAAGAGCCCGGUGAAGAGCAUGGUCGAUCUCAGCUUGUUGGAUCGCAGGGUGAAGAGAAUGCAUUUGGAGGAGAAGGAUUAUCCAAACACAAUACAACAGCUGGUGCGCGAAGUGGAAAAAAUAAGAAGGGGAAAGGGUGUGAUACCACACGAGAUCAGGUCUGACGUUGAGGAACGUGUAGAAGCAGAGAAUUGGUGGUGGAGCCAGACACCCAGCGCGCUGCCGUCGAAAGUGAAGGUCUUGAUGGAGUUGGAGAUCAUGGAAGAGAUAAGAGAUAAGACGCACAAGCUGCAGGACUCGGAUGCCGCCGAGCCGCGCUGGAAUAGCGACGUGCACUUUAUGAUGCUGCGCCAGGUGUGUAUGCACUUGCCAGGUAUUCAACAGCAGAACAUUACAUCAGCCCGCCCAAAUCCCCACCUCGUCCCAAAGACCGGGUUCAACAACACGGAAUCUAAGCUAGUUGAUUACGCCUUGGUCUGUGACGAGAGUCUGAUUCCAUCACAUCUUGUCCAGCAGGUGCUUGCGGAUUCACGCAACGAGAUUGACAGUAUCAACCAUACGAGCGCGAGUGUGCAAAGCUUGAGACAAGACCCCAUCGCGGUCUCCAUCGAAACAAAAACCCCUAACGGCAGCGAAUCAACCGCGCUAACACAACUCUCGCUUUGGGCAGCGACGCAUUUCAACCGCCUGCGCACCUUGCUACGACCCACUAAACGCGACGUAGUUUUCAUGCCGUUGCCACUGAUUAUGGCAGUCGGUGGACGGUACAGUUUGUUCUUCGCUAUCGACGGCACGAUCACGGAAGGUAUCACCAUCGCAGGCGGCGAGACAGCGUUCGGAGACUGUGCAACGCUGGACGGAUGCUACCAAGUCCUUGCAGGCGUACGAGCAGUGGGGAUCUGGGUGAAGGAGGUGUGGGUGCCGUGGUUCGUAAGCGAGUGUCUAGGCGCACAGAUUGAACAUUGA